AUGGCGGGCUUCGGUGGUCGGCCUGCGCGGAAAUGGUUGAGUGGCGCUCUUGUCGUGAUUUUCUUCCUGGGAUGGUUCUGGCACGCGGAUAACGAGCGGAAUACGGUACAAGCAUCACGCGAGGAGCAGAUCGGUCAGAGCUACUUGUCGCGAAUCCCGGAAAACCUGCAAUCUCAGCUUGAUCCAUUCGCUCAAGGAGACUUUCCAGAGGAUCCGGCGCCUAAGAUACCGCUGGCGGACGAACAUGUUGAAGGCUUUCAAGCCAGUAGUGCAGACAGCUCAUCGAAAGAACUAGAGGACCAUUCCCUGGGCCAAAGCACAUUCUCUGAGUAUCGCGAAGGGACAGUGUCUCAUCACCUGCCGGCCCAUCUGCAGGAGAAAGUUCUCGAUCUGACCAAGGUCUCAACUAAGCCAGUGGGCUCAGCCAGCGACCUUCAGCUGGACAGCAACGACGACUAUCUGCCAUACCUGGCAAACAUCGAUAGCAUUCCAAACCUGAGUGUGGAGACAGCAUACGGCACGUGCCAUUACAAUGCAGAGGAACUCGAGACAUUCCUGUGGGAGGAUGAAGCGGAUUGGGUCCUCCAGUCGGUCCCCGAUUCGAUCAUCGAGACUGAGCGAAGAGCUUGGCAGGAUUUUGUCAAGCACGGCUUGUUGGCGUGGGACGCCGUCAAAGACCGGUUCGAUGGCGGCAGAGGAAUUGUCAUCGUUGGCGGACGGGGAAAGGAGCCGAACCGCAUCAAAGUCCUUUUGAGGGCUCUCUUGAAACAUGGAAGCCAGCUACCUGUUGAAGUGAAUUACUUCGGCGGUGAAACAUCAGCAGAAACGCGUCAGCAGCUCAGGGACUUGUAUCCCAACAUUUCUUUCAACGAUCUCUCGGACGGGUUCCAACUGUGGCAGACAGCAGAGCAAUUGUUGCCCAACUAUCAGUUCAAGCUUGCGGCAAUGGUUAAUACCCGCUUCUCGGAGAUCCUCUUGUUAGACUCUGACAUCGUCCCGACGUCGGAUCCCGCCAGCCUGUUCGAAUCAGAGACUUACAAGAAAUAUGGCAGCGUCUUUUGGCCAGACUACUCCCGCCUCCGGAGACAACACCCAGCAUGGGCAGUGUUCAACUCACCAUGCAGACGCGACCAGUACGCACUGGAGUCUGGACAGCUUAUGGUGGACAAGCGACGGCGAUUCUACCAUCUGCAGCUCGCUGCGUGGCUGAUAUCUCGCCCGUAUUGGGAGGGUAAACUACUGGGCGAUAAAGAUAUGUUCCAGUUCGCCUGGUUAGCGUUAAAGACCAACUUCGGAACGCCUGUGAAGUGGCUCACCUAUCUCGGAUUCGUGGCUGAACAAGAGGCCGACGACGGGGUGGGCACCAAGAUGACAUUCUGCGGGCACUCGUUCGGCCAGGCCUUUCCUGACCACAGCAAGAAUGAUCCAGGCAGUGGGAUUGCUUUCGUGCAUGCCAACAGCAUCAAGACAGCCGGAGCACCCUUGCUGGCGAGGUUGAGAAAGAAAGGCGGUGUAUAUACUCAUUUCAAAAGGUUGCCAGUUGAGUUGUUAGAGUCCUGGUCUCAUGUAGAGCCUGGGGUCAGUCCCGCACGCUGGAGUGCUGGAUUUAAUUACAAGCUCACAAAGGAUGUGAGACCGGUCGAGCUCGUCGAUGCCGCAGAGGAUCCCAAUCGUGACGGCAACCCCAUCGGUGAGGCAGGUCAAGCUCUUCUGGAAUUACACGAUGAUGACCUGGAGCGAUGGAUGGUCUGCCACGAUUUCAAGAACGUGGAGGCGAGGCCGAUCGCCGAGCUUGGGGCCGACGCGGCGGGGAUUGAGCAGUUAUGGGAGGGCACUGGCGGCUAUUGGGCUCUUGAGGACGGCGAUAUACGUGGUUUGGGUUAG